AUGAGCGCGAUACUUACAGACCGCCAAGCAGAGGAGUUGCACAAGGCCAUUGUCGCCUAUCUGGGCGUCAUAAAUGCGCCAAGGACCGCAGAGGCUUUCCGUGAGGAAGCCGGCAUCUCGGACAAUUUCGACGAGGCCACGCGGAAAAAGUAUGAGGGGCUACUCGAGAAGAAGUGGACGAGCGUAGUCCGCUUGCAGAAGAAGGUCCUGGAACUUGAGCAGCGCAACCAGAGUCUCCAGAGCGAACUCGACUCCACAACUCCUACCUCGCUUCUCCGAAGAAAUCAGGACCCCACCAGCUGGCUGCCACGAGCCCCGGCACGACACACGCUCCAAUCGCAUCGCUCCCCGAUAACAUGUGUAGCCUUCCACCCCAUCUUCUCCUCACUUGCUUCAGGCUCAGAGGACACGACCAUCAAAAUCUGGGACUGGGAAUUGGGAGAGCUCGAAAGGACAGUCAAGGGACACACAAAGGGUGUGCUCGACGUUGACUUUGGUGGCCCAAGAGGCGGUACACUACUGGCAUCUUGUUCUAGCGACCUGACCAUCAAACUCUGGGACCCCUCGGACGAGUACAAGAACAUCCGCACUCUCCCAGGCCAUGACCACUCCGUCUCUGCCAUUCGAUUCAUACCCAGCGGCGCAGCAGGUUCGCCGUCGUCUGGCAACCUGCUUGUUUCCGCGUCCCGAGAUAAGACAUUGCGGAUAUGGGACGUUACAACAGGAUACUGCGUCAAGACGAUUAGAGGACAUGUCGACUGGGUACGCGACGUAGCGCCAAGUUUCGAUGGACGAUGGCUACUAUCUGCGGGUAAUGACCAGACUGCUCGGCUGUGGGACGCCGGCUCGGGCGAACCAAAAUGUACCUUCAUAGGUCACGACCAUGUAAUUGAAUGCGUCACCAUAGCGCCUCCAGUGUCGUACGCCAAUCUUGCCUCUCUUGCUGGACUUAAAAAGCCACCGCCACUGAGCAGCUCAGCCGAGUACAUAGCAACCGGAUCGAGAGACAAGACAAUAAAGAUAUGGGACGGACGAGGAACUCUGAUCAAGACACUGACAGGCCACGACAACUGGAUACGAUCCCUAGUCUUCCAUCCUGGUGGAAAGUAUUUGCUAUCGGCUAGCGACGAUAAGACCAUCCGGUGCUGGGAUCUCACGCAAGAAGGCCGAUGUGUCAAGACGGUCACUGACGCACACGGCCACUUUGUCAGCUGCAUGCGAUGGGCACCCAAUAUCGUCAAGGAUGUACCUGCCAAUGGAGAUACCCCCAAUGGCACAGCAAACGGUACCAACAAGAAGAAUGAGGACGCCACAAAGGGCAUACGGUGCGUCAUUGCGACGGGAUGCGUGGACCUCAAUGUUCGCAUCUUUGCCUCAUGAAAGAAGAAGACAUUGUUUGCUGUUGAAUGCAGCCUAAUCAACUUCCUGUGCUUUCCAUUUCCAAAGUUGGAUGUACAGACGGAUGUCCCGCCGCCUUUGUACGCGCGAUGCUUAAUGACUCUCAAAUCUUACGAUACGACUUCAUGUACAUACCCGAGUUACCAGAUAGCAUCUUCCCGCGUCGUGAGAUGGCGUUCGUGGGUCCAAGGACAUGAACAUGGGGUAGACGUCAGUCUGCGAAGAAGGAAUGGUGGAGGAACGAGGAGAUAUGCACUUAGUAUGCCAUAUUAGCUCAGAAUGCGAUCUACUUCUGCCU